AUGCAAUUCUCUACCGUCGCCACCGUCGCUGCCCUCGCUGCUUCCGCUUCCGCCGCUUACUCUAACGCCACCACCAUCACCACUGACGUUACCGUGACUGGCUACACCACCUACUGCCCAGAGUCCACCGUCGUCACCAUCACCAAGUGUGAGGAGGACAAGUGCGCCCCAUCUGAGAUCACCGUCUCUUCCGCCACCACCUUGACUGUCACUGAGCCAUGUGUUGUCCCAACCACCUACACCACUGAGUGGUCCACCACCACCGAGACCAUUCCAUGUGAGGAGUGCGAGCACAAGCCAUCCACCGUUGCCGGUGAGUCCACCCCAGCUCCAACCACCACCGCCGCUGUCUCCUCUUACGAGGGUGCUGCUGCCAAGAACGUUGCUGGUGCCGUUGCCGGUGUCGCUGCCGUUGCCGCUGCUUUGUUCUAA